AUCCUAGUAUGGUAGAAAUGCACCAUAAUCUUGAGUUUAUCAACAUCUUUACCGAUGAUCGAAGAAUAAACUAGUAUGGUGGAGCAUUUGAAGGGAUGCCAUGAUCCAAAGCCCGAGAUGCAGUGACUGAUGCCAUAAUUUUGAGUUUAUCGACAUCUUUACUGAUGAUGGAAAAAUAAACCAGUAUGGUGGAGCAUUUGAAGGGAUGCCAUUAUUCAAAGCCUGAGGAGGAACACCAACAAGAAAUACAAACAGUCAGUAGUAAAAGAGUGGAGGAUUCGGCAUUGGCUGAUGAACCCAAGUCGGGGGAUUUCAGUUAUAUUCUGUCAGAAAUGAAGAGGACUGUUUAUAGUAUGUCUGUACCUGAUUUCUAUAAGUUAAUCGAAAAAAUUGAGUCUGUUCAUAAGUCUAUAUGCAAGGAUAUUCAGGAGUCGUUUAAGGUACCGGAAGCUUGUGGAAUGUGGAUCAAAAGAGAGGUAGACAAAAAAUUGCCAUUUCAAGAGAAACAUGUUAAGCAGCAGGCGUCGAUUCUUGGAAACAUGGAAGAUUUUGGGGUAACAAAGAGUUUCAUAGCAAAGGAGAGGGCUGACUGUGACGAUGGCAAUGGGUUCCCUGUGAGCGAUGACUGUGAUUAUAGCAAUGGUGUCCCAGCAGUGGUUGAGUUUGGAGUGGGAAGAGGAUACUUGACACAAAUGCUGGCGGAUUGUUAUGGCAUUAAAAGGGUCUUUUUGGUUGAAAGGAAGUCAUACAAGCUGAAGGCUGAUCGAUCCUUGCGACAGAAAGAGAGCUUGAUAUUGCAGCGUUUGAGAAUUGACAUUGUGAUGCAGAUUUAAAGAGCUGCGGUGCAGAAAAGCAGCUAUGAUUUGCAUUGACAUUUGUGGCAGACAGACAGAAGAGAUUAAGGGAAUUAAUUGUUGAAGUAUUUCAGAUUCAUAUCAUGGCUUUUUAAGAGACUUGAGAAGACAGUUUUCCUCAUCCUGUGAAGCUACUCAUGGUUGAAAAUUUUAUGUUGCUACUUAUGCACCUACUCAUGAGAACCUCCAAAGGUGUCUUGUAAGUAUUCAAAGUAUCUCACUAGAAGAACUCGAUGAAUGCAUACUUUAAGGGUGUCAGAUGUAACCACAUGACAUCAGACUUUUGAAAAUUGUUCUACGGAAUUGGGAUUCAGAUGCACACAAGUUAGCAAUAACAAAGAUGGUUGAUGUGAUCUGGGUUAAGAUUAUGGUCUGAUCCAUCAAUUCUAGUUAAUAUGGUUGACAAGUCUACUAUCAGCUGGUAGCACAUUAGAGGUUCAUGGUGACCCCAUUGAAGUUGCCGAUGUAGAUUGCUGGUAAGAGGUUGCAGACUGCUUGCAACUAUUUGGUUUACCAUGCUAUCAUUCACUGUACAAUUAUUUUCAAGAUUCUUUUAUGGCUUACAACUACAAUUUGACAUACUCAAAGUCAAUACAUCCUAUUCCACCAGUAAACGUACCAGUGACAAAGACUAGUUCUCAGGUAGCAGUAACCAUAAGCUCUCCUCCAAAUUGCCAUCCAACAGGCCGGUCUACUGCAAGAAAGAAUCUAAAUCACAAGAAAUCGCGAAGGGUCAACUCCAAUGCAGGCCAAUGCAGGAGAUGCAAGGGUCUUGGAUCUCAUGAAAUGGUCAGCCUAUUACAGUUCCACUUGCAAAGAGUUAUUAUUAGAAUGGUAGACUUUACACUGUGAUUGUGAUUAAUCUUGUGAUUCUAUGAAGCCAGUUAGUGACCCUAGUGAAUUAAUGAACACAAUGACAUGUUGAUAUGCUCCUUAGUCAAGUCUUUUUGUCUGUAUCAUAAAUUACAGUUAUUUGGUGUAUAUGAGUGUUAAUGGCAUCUACAUUUCAAUUAUUUCUUGUGUUUUUGUCCAGUAUAAUUGGAUAUGUUACUUCUAUAUGUUCAUUUCAAUGACAUUUCAAGAGUAUAUGAUUCC